CUCUUCACACUUUUCCCUCAGCUACCCAAGAUGGCGGCAGCCUCAUCCAUCCAGCCGCCAAGCGUUCACUCUUCUCUAGCCCGGGAUAGCGCACUUUCCCCGGAGAUGGACAGCCCCGAGAGCCGGCAGCCGGAGGACGAGGAGGCGGCGGCGGCGCAGCCCUCCGAGCCGGCGAUUAGCCUCCGCGACCUGCCGGACCUGGAACCGGAGGAGAUCGAGAGGAGGCUGGCCAAAACUCGCCAGGAGCUGAGCAACAGGAGGAAAAUCCUCAUCAAGAACCUGCCGCCCGACACCACCAACCAGGAAGUCCAUGAAAUUCUGAAAGAAUACGAGCUGAAGUACUGCUUUGUGGACCGCAACAAAGGCACAGCCUUUGUGACUUUGCUGAACGGGGACCAGGCUCAGGAUGCCAUCCGCUCCCUCCAUCACAGCACUGUCCGCGGACGCCUGAUCAACGUCACCCUGCAGCCCACCGACUCCCUGCUCUGCCUCACCAACCUGCCGCACACCUUCACCGCCCAGCAGUUUGAGGAGCUGGUGCGCUCGUACGGAAACAUCGAGCGCUCCUUCCUGGUGUACAGUGAGCUGACGGGCCACUCCAAAGGUUAUGGCUUUGUUGAGUACAUGAAGAAGGAUUCUGCUUCACGGGCCCGCUCCGAGCUGCUGGGUCGGCCUCUGGAGGAUCGAUCGCUGAUGGUGCAGUGGAUGGACGUCAACCAGCUGAGCCAAGAGGAGAACCUGCACUCCAAAUGUCUGUGUGUGGACCGACUGCCACUGGACCUCUGUGACUCUGAAGAACUGACCCAGCUCUUCUCUGAAACCUAUAAACCUGUCUUCUGCCAGCUUGCUCAGGAUGAGGGCAGCCCAGUGCGAGGCUUUGGUGUGGUGGAGUAUGAGAGCGCAGAGCAGGCGGAGGCCGUGCUGAUAGAGAUGGACCGAACGCUGGUGGGAGGACAGGAGGUCCGUCUGUCACUCUGUACCCCCGGCACCUCAGGGAGAAGCACCUUGGCUGCACUCAUUGCUGCCCAGGGUAUGAUUCUGAGUAACAGGAAAGGCCUGUUACCAGAACCAAACCUGGCUCAGCUGUUGACCAGUAUGACCAACCCUGCCGCCCUGCAGAUCCUCAUGAGACCGUACCACACUGGGAAAAGAGGAGGAAAGUACGGACGUCACACCAGCCUGCCGUUCCUCAGACCUCCUCUCACCACAGCUCUGCUCACGCUGGGAAAAGCACACCAGAGUGCUAUGCUUGGUAAUGGACUCGUCCUCCAGAACCUCCUGCACAUGCAGCUCGCACAGCAACAGCUUCUGCACAUCAAAGACAAACGCAUCAGCAGCGUCUCCAGUCUGCUCGGUGAUCCAUCCAGGCUGCUGAUGCAGAAAGCCUUGUCUCUGCGGCCUCCAGGCCUCGUUCCGCUGGGGAAAGGUCUGCUGGGAGAUUCCCCUACAGAGCUGGGCCAGGAGUCAGUGCCAGCGUCUACCCACAAUGCCACAGUGGUGGUAUCGGCAGCGGGUGUGAUGCCGUACCUCCAGGGUCGAGCUGGAGGAGUAGAUCAAACCAGCGUUCAUUCCGUGUCCACGACCCCAUCUGCUUCCUGCUCUUCUUCCUCCUCUUCCUUGUCCGCCUCCACCACCUGUGAGAGGCAGCCGGCACCUCCGGGGACGAUGGUGAGCUCCCAGCCGCAGGGACAGAGCUAUGCCUUGGGUAUAAGUAACUCGGGCCUUGGCCCCCCUCCACCUAAACUCCCUGGAGGAGUUUAUACGUCAACAGGCCAGCACAACAGCUCAGAUGGCUGCCCCCUGGCUAGCAUGGUAAGCAGCGGUCAGAGUUCUUUGUUGGGGGAUCCUCCUAAAGAAGUGAGGCUACCCUCUAAUCCUUACCUAAACCUGGCCAGUGUCAUGCCAGGAGUAGUUCUGCAAGGGUCUGUGGGGAGUAAACCCCAGGGAGGACAGCCUGCCUCUGGGGUGUACGGCAACUCGGUUGCCCCCGUGGUCUCCCAGGGCUCCGGCUCCUUCUCCCACAGUGCGACAGCUACAACCACGGCCCCAUACAGCACUGAUACCUCCACUGACUACAGCCAGUACAACCAAGCCUACACCCAGGAGGCCAUGCAGCAGUGGUACCAGCACUACCAGGCCGCACAAGCUCACACCUACAAUGCUGCUCCACAGGACAACGCAGCCACAGAUUACAGCAAGGAGCACACACAGACUCCAGCAGUGUCCUCCUAUGGGGAUUACAGUUCCUACAUGCAGGCUGUCACUCAGUACUACUCCCAACCUGCAACAGCCAACCAGGCCUACGCCAGCAAGGAGGUAGAUGUGUGUAAGCCUCUGGGAGUGUCUCUGCAUGCAGUCAGUAACGGUGGGGCUCCUCCACCGGCCGUCCUGCCUGCUGCCGCCGUGCUGCCGGCCUACAGCACCCUGCCUUUAAUGCCCAGCUUCCUUGGGGCUCCACACCCGGCGGCAGCCACUCCGAGCCCUGUGACACAUGCACACACUGCCGCCACUGACUGGAACACCUACUACUAUAACCAGACGAGGGGCCAUAAGAGGGAGUAUCCUCAGCUGGCAAUGCAGGAGGUGACGUCCUCAGACGGUGCCUACAUCGGGCAGCACUCCCAGGGCCUGGGGGGGCAGUACGCCGACUACUUUAAGAGGAAGAGGCUCUAGUAUGAACCAAACCACCUUAAAGCCUAAAGCUUAGGGAGGGAGGCACCAACAGCUGGAUGUCUGCUGCACGUCACGGCUCCCUCUAGUGGCCUUUCUGUGGCUGCCAUUUUGCAUCCCUACAGGUGGUAUUGAGUUUACUAGAGUCAGGGUUGCAAAUGGCUCAAGUGAAAGCAAGCCAUAGUGCUCUUUGAUCUCGGCACUUAUGUACACGCACACUCACUCACUAACACACACACAAACACACACAUACACACACAGUGUUGCUUUUGUCCUGUUCAAGCCUUAACUCUUUAACUUAAACUGUUGUUUCUCAGUCAGUGUGUUAACUGUACUUAACUAAUAUUAUCUUGUACAUUUUUUCUAAUAUCACGUAAACUGAAGUAAAUUGUGUCUGUACGUACGAGCUGCUUUUGUAUUUGCAAGCCGGCGACCUGUCUGCCCUGCUGAAACUGCCCGAGGACUGGUCUCCCUUUUCAAAAAACUAAGCGUGUCUGAUGUCGGUCGCACACUCGCGCUUUGAUUCGUCAGACGGACUGACAUCUGUUUGUUCCCGCUUCACUGUCUAUUCUCUUGUCCUUUCAUCGCACAGGUUCCUCUUUUAAAUCUCCCAGCUGACAAUUAGAGCGUGUGUGUGCAUGUUUGUGUGUGUCGCUAUGCUGUAUCUGUAGGAAGUGUCAGCCAUUUCAAUCCCAAGGUUUGGGAGCACAUCAGGAAAAAAGGGCCUGAACCAAUCACAGCCCUUAAUUGUGGUGACUUCCAAUAGCUUCCCUCAAUAGAUGGACCUUUCUUAUAAAGACUGGACAGAAAAUAGAAGGCUGGUGUAAAUACUGCAGUGUAAUACAGAAUAUAUAAAGCCAUGCGUAAUAGACAAUAUCAUAUAUAAUGGACUUUCCUUUGUGAGCGUAUUGUAUAACACGAAUGAAAGGAAAAGAUAUAUUAAAUGUCUGAUUUUUUUUAACCUAUACUGUUAUAUAUUUGUAAUAUAAUAAUAUUCCAAGGCAAUUCAAUUCAUUUAUUGAUACUGAAUCAAUCUUUGUUUUGACUUAAAUGUAGUUAUUUGGUUUGAUUUUGAACUUUUAAGCCAAAUAUUAGGGCACAGUCCUCUUUUCUUUUUUUAUCUUCUCUUUUCUUGUAAAGCAUUUUUCAGGAGGUUUUGCUGGAACUCUACCAGGAGCUUUACUUUCAUAUCCAGCUGCCAUUUUCCAUAAAGAUUUCAAUCUAUAAGUUCCUCCCAAUCCAUACUACAUACUAAUUAUAGCAGGUCUGAGUAUUCACACUGCAAAAGUGACAGAAUAAAGUCUGCUCCAAAUGCUCAGUUAUAAUUUAGUUUCUGUUGUGGGUCACUGUCUAUCUCAUGAGGAGCAAAUUACAGGUCAUAUUAAAAACUAAUGGUAGAUGGCAGUGAAACAACUUCCACAACACCUCCAAAAUUAAAAACAUUUCUUUUUAUUUUUCUUUUCUUUUUUUGGUAAAACAAAAUUAGCUGUUACUGGGUGAAGUUUCAUCUGCAGUGUAAUUUGAGAGUCACAGUUUGAUUGCAUUUGCACGGUGCACAUAUUACAUCAUGUCCUGUCAUUAUAAAACAGUGAAGUGCAGAUUUUUAAUUCUAGCCUUUUAAAACAGUGCAAUAUACAGAGUGCUAUAUGAUGUAUGCAGUUAAAGUUAGUAUGUAGUAUAGGAUUGGAACUGUCUGGACGAUUUUCAGCAAAUAUGUUGCUUUCGGCACAUGAAAUGCUACUAAUAUGCUGCUGUGCAUGUGAAACUCUGCACCUUCAUUUUAAGUUUUUCAGUGGAAAGAAAGCAGUUUAUUGAUGUUUAUUUUAGCCAAGCUGAAUUUCUUUCCAAGUGGUUUUUACAAAGGAACAUGACGCCAUGUCUUAAUUUUCUCCUUUGCAAAAACUAACUCCGAUAUGUAUUUUGUGUAUCUCAUUUCUACUAGUGUCCUUAUUAACUUCAGUGCACAGGCUGUGUGCAGAUGAUUGUUUGGUGUUCAUCACAGAGGAAAGAGCUUUCAUAUUUCAGUUUGGACACUAGGUUUAGGUACACAGGCCUCUUGUCUAACAAACCGGCAAUAACUAAUGCUCUUGCUGCUGUAGAAAGUUGAAUGAAUAAGUUGUUCAGUUUGUAGUGAAAAUGUGUUGCCAUUCACACAGCAUUAUAUACUCUUAACAGCUCAUACACAGGGUGAAAGCUUCCUUUCUUUUCUUUCUGUUUGUGUUUUUACAUUCUGCUCUUAACUAUCUGAUUCUAUAUCUCCGAACACAAUAUUACUUGCAUUGCCAUGGCAACCACGCUCAUCACACACUGUGAAAACCAAUAGAAAGUGAGAUCAGAUAAUGUGUACACGUCAGUUCAGUCCAGAUAUGUGCUGUGAGUUUUUUAAUCACUGAGGUAACAGCUCACUGUAAACAGGAUGUACAGGAUGUUUAUGUGCACAGACACAACAAUGGGUGAGUGUCACUGUUCAUGUGGGAGUGGUGGCUUGCAGGAACGCUUGUCAAAUCCUCAGAAAAUGGCUAAACAUUAAACUAAGGGCAAUAAACAGACACACACAUUCUCAUGUUUUCCAUUACUUCCUCGUCUGCCCUGUUCUGUAAAUCAGUUUUGCUGUGUGCCAUGGUGUUGCAUGUCUUUCAGUUUUCUGAUCAUAUUGAACUGUGACAUAUUCUGAAGCAAGCAUCCAUGAUCCGUAACGUAGGAUACAGUCACGAGGAAAGAAAAAAAGGAGAGGAUGCUGAACAUUUGCGCAAACACAGGAAUGAGAGGAUCAGCCACAGUGACUGCUGAUCAAAGCCUAAGCGUAGACACAAUGUGCAGAGUGUAGUUAACUUUCUCCCUUUUGUGCAUUUGACAGCUCCUCUUCUAUUAUUUCAUACUCAUUUGUGAAGCCUCCUUCCUCAGCUUUUAUGGACUUACGUAUGAUAUGGACAGUUUGCCCAUAGACUUUCCCUGUUGUUACCAUCAGUCAUUUUCAUUCAAAGGCACCAAACAUUUGUCUGAAGUAUGAAUCUAAUUUCAGAUGAUUUGCAGCUUUUCCUUGCUGAUCCUGAAACUUGAUUUGAUGUAUACAACAUUUUAGGUGAAUCCUAUACGUAAAAGUAAAUCAUGUUUUAUUUUAUACUCUAAUUGUCUUUAUAACAGCAUACGCUUUCUGUUUAUCAUCGAUUUCUGCAAUAUUUUCAAUUUCCAUUUCUUCUGAAUCUGCUGACUUGUCGUUGCAUUCCUGUGCUGUACUAAUAGGUCAGAUCACCUUAUAUCCAAAUUCUAAAAUUAGCCUCCUUAAAAACAUCCAUCAGUCUAUUAUCUAUACACCGCUUGAUCCUCAUUAGGGUCGUGGGGGGGCUGGAGUCUAUCCCAGCUGAAUUAGAGCAGAUGAUUUAGAAUUACCAUUUAACCUCAGCAUGUUUUUGGACUGCAGGAGGAAGCCAGAGAACCCGAUUAAAACCCAUGUAUGCCCUGUUAUCCACUGUGCAGCCUCCUUAAAAACACUGUAUUCUCUGAAUCUGGCUUUGCUUAUUUCUUUAAAUAUUGUGCUCUAGAGAUAAGUGUCUGUCAGCUUAUUAUAUGACUGAGUAACUGCCUUCACAUUACAGACACAUGUUUGAUCAUGAUCAAAAUCAUGUAAUUUGACACUAAGCUGGAAUCACAUGCUUUCAUUCUGCUUUUUCUUUUUUUUUUUUUUUUUAAAAACUGCUUUGAAUUCCUAAUCCCCUGCACAGUGUCAUUUCUGCUGCAUCGGCUUGUCAUUUGCAUAUUUCACACCUGCAAAGUCAACAAUACAUUAUCAAUGUGAAAUUGCACAGGAGAUAUGUAUGUUCAACAUCUAUGAUAGCCUUUCCUAUCCUUCCUUGCUCUGCUGCUUCAACCCUCAAAUGGUCUGUUUGCUCAGUCUGGUUUGCAGAGAAAGAGCCCCAUGAUAUCUGGUCAAAUCUACUUUCACAUGACAUCUCUUACAAUCUGUGGCUAUUUGCUAAAGCAGUUUCGCAUUUUUCCCUUCUUAAGCACUUCUUUAAAUGGGUUUUUCCUUGUACUUUGCUUCCUGCCUGAUAUCCUCUGAAUCAGCUGUAACUAUCAACUAUAUAAACUAAACUAUAAACUUUGAGGCGUCGUGGUCUUCUGGAGUCUCUCUGGGCCACAGUUUGAUUUGCUUGGUUGAAAGCUGUCCAGUUGGACUCCAGCGCUCGCUUUCUGCCAGGUGAUUGUACUCACCUCCACCACCCUGAAAGACAAGAUAGAAAUGUCUGUGUGUGAGGCAGAGUGUGUUAUGAUGGGAGACAGGGCCUCUGUUUGUGGAGGUGAACAGCUGAGGCAGCAGACUUUAAAAUGCACUGUUUGCUCGUCUGGUUUCCCGUCUGCCUGCCUGCCUGUCUGUCUGUCUUCCUGACUGUCUGUUUUCCACUCUAACUGUCGCCCACAAUGGAUUCAGGUACUAAAGUCAGUCAUGCCUGAAUUAUUUUAGUGGUAUUCCAUCAGUCGCGUCAGCUUUUUCCCUACAUUAUGUCAUUGCCAUGUAUACUACAGAGUCGUGUGUGUGUGGAUGUCAAAACAACGCAAACCAAGAGGCAGAAUCCUUUACACAGAGCAAGUUAAGAGAGAGCACCAAGACAGAAGUCAGGUUUAACUGAUGCUUGGAGAAGAAGAAUCAUGGCGCUAGAAUAGAAUUUGCAGUAUGAAAAAGUGGGCCGAGUGCAAAACCAACCCUGUUUGAUGUGUGUUAGACCCUGUUUUCUGAGUCUAUUUUCAGCAUCCUCGUUCGUAUAAAGUCACUGUUCACUGUUGGAAAGAAGCCACCAGUUUAACUUUUAAGCGCUCCUCCUUUAAUCGUCGACAGAACAAUGUCCUAAUGUGGUCUGGUCUUUCCUAGUUGUCAUUCUGAUGCGUGACUGACAGGCUUUCAGUCUUCAGAGUUGAGAGCAGCACCAGCUUCUGUGUGUAUCAGUGAAACUACCUUGUUUUGUUUUAACAUAAAACUUUCAAGAAAAUAUAUUCAAAGUGAAAAAUAAGGGAAUACAGUUGGAAUUUCAGCCACAGCAAACUGAGCUGGUAAACAAGCUUUAGAGCAGAGCUAUUGUUUAUGGAUUUUUCUUUACAUUAAUGGGGAAUUGGAGGCUGAGUGGUAACAGUAUUUAUACCUUCAAGUAGUGAGUCCCCAGUUUGAUCCAUGGCCUCUGGAUCUUUGCUGCCUGUGAUUUCCCUUCUCUCUUCUCUCACAUGUCUUGUCUCUCCACUGUAUCUAUCUAACAAAGCCAAAAGAAAUUAGGAAUCGGCAGUAAUUCUGCAUUUACCUACUUAUAUUCAGUGUCAGCCGUGGCUUUGGGUAGAUAGCAUAUUAAGCAGCUUGUUGGCAUUGUUAAACGGGCACAUUGCUUUCCUUCUCUGCCCAGUAAACAGAGAGUCUGUGUUGAGCUUGAUGAAGUCAGUUGGUCUCUUUAAGGCAUGAGUUGUUCUCAGUUGUCAGCCUGUAUCUCCAGCUUCUCAUUUGGGUUGAACAUAGCAAGGCUGCUGUGUUGUAGUUCCAGUUAACCUGUCAGCCCAGCCAUCAAACUAGAGCGGAACUGAUUUGUUGUACUUGUUGUUGACAGUUUCCUCUGGUCGCCUUAAUCUUAUUUGCAUCUAAUAGAAACAUCUGGUGGCCUGUUUAGACAAAGCACAAACUAGAACGAAAUAUGACGCGUUGAGGGAAACAUGCUCCAAAUACAAAACACAUGCGAAGAGGAAAAGGCUACAUGCAUUGACAUGUUCUAGAAUGCUGCGAUGAGCAUCAACCUUACAGAUCAUUUGAAUUCUUUUUUGCUAUUGGUUGCAUUUCUGGAUUUGGAAGCACCUUUCUUUAAAUGCCUGUGCUUUCACUCUGUGUUUUGUCCUUUGGGGCCACCGUAGAAAAAAAUCGCCAUAGUAUACAAUGUCGAAAAAUGUCAUUUUUCAACAUGUUGUGAAAACGUGCCAUGUGAUGAAAUAAUGUAAAGGAGGGCAUGAAAAACACUCCAGAAAGGUUUUCUUUGAAAAAAAAUCAUCAUGAAUUUUGGCGCAAAAAAAAAACCGCCUUACUAUACUAUGUCGAAAAAAAAAGCCAUUUUUCAAAUAUGUUGUAAAAACAUGCCAUAUGAUGAAAUAAUGUCAAGGAGAGCGUGAAAAACACUCCAGAAAGGUUUUCUUUGAAAAAAAAAAUCAUCAUGAAUUUUGGCGCAAAAAAAACGCCUUACUAUACUAUGUCGAAAAAAAAUGCCAUUUUUCAAACAUGUGGUAAAAACGUGACAUAUGAUGAAAUAAUGUAAAGGAGGCCAUGAAAAACACUCCAGAAAGGUUUUCUUUGAAAAAAAAUCAUCAUGAAUUUUGGCGCAAAAAAAAACGCCUUACUAUACUAUGUCGAAAAAAAAUGCGAUUUUUCAAACGUUGUAAAAACGUACCAUGUGAUGAAAUAAUGUAAAGGAGGCUGUGAAAAACACUCCAGAAAGGUUUUCUUUGAAAAAAAAAAUCAUCAUGAAUUUUGGCGCAAAAAAAACGCCUUACUAUACUAUGUCGAAAAAAAAUGCCAUUUUUCAAACAUGUUGUAAAAUCGUGCCAUAUGAUGAAAUAAUGUAAAGGAGGCCGUGAAAAAUGCUCCAGAAAGGUUUUCUUUGAAAAAAAAACAUCAUGAAUUUUGGCGCAAAAAAAAUGCCUUACUAUACUAUGUCGAAAAAAAAUGCCAUUUUUCAAACAUGUGGUAAAAACGUGACAUAUGAUGAAAUAAUGUAAAGGAGGCCAUGAAAAACACUCCAGAAAGGUUUUCUUUGAAAAAAAAUCAUCAUGAAUUUUGGCGCAAAAAAAAACGCCUUACUAUACUAUGUCGAAAAAAAAUGCGAUUUUUCAAACGUUGUAAAAACGUACCAUGUGAUGAAAUAAUGUAAAGGAGGCUGUGAAAAACACUCCAGAAAGGUUUUCUUUGAAAAAAAAAAUCAUCAUGAAUUUUGGCGCAAAAAAAACGCCUUACUAUACUAUGUCGAAAAAAAAUGCCAUUUUUCAAACAUGUUGUAAAAACGUACCAUGUGAUGAAAUAAUGUAAAGGAGGCCGUGAAAAAUACUCCAGAAAGGUUUUCUUUGAAAAAAAAAAAUCAUCAUGAAUUUUGGCGCAAAAAAACGCCUUACUAUACUAUGUUGAAAAAAAAUGAGAUUUUUCAAACAUGUUGUGAAAACGUGCCAUAUGAUGAAAUAAUGUAAAGGAGGGCAUGAAAAACACUCCAGAAAGGUUUUCUUUGAAAAAAAAAUCAUCAUAAAUUUUGGUGCAAAAAAAACGCCUUACUAUACUAUGUCGAAAAAAAAUGCGAUUUUUCAAACGUGGUAAAAACGUGCCAUAUGAUGAAAUAAUGUAAAGGAGGGCAUGAAAAACACUCCAGAAAGGUUUUCUUUGAAAAAAAAAUCAUCAUAAAUUUUGGCGCAAAAAAAACGCCUUACUAUACUAUGUCGAAAAAAAAUGCGAUUUUUCAAACGUGGUAAAAACAUGCCAUAUGAUGAAAUAAUGUAAAGGAGGCCGUGAAAAACACUCCAGAAAGGUUUUCUUUGAAAAAAAAAAUCAUCAUGAAUUUUGGCGCAAAAAAAACGCCUUACUAUACUAUGUCGUAAAAAAAUGCCAUUUUUCAAGCAUGUUGUAAAAACGUGCCAUAUGAUGAAAUAAUGUAAAGGAGGGCAUGAAAAACACUCCAGAAAGGUUUUCUUUGAAAAAAAAAAAAUCAUCAUGAAUUUUGGCGCAAAAAAACGCCUUACUAUACUAUGUAGAAAAAAAAUGCCAUUUUUCAAACAUGUUGUAAAAACGUGCCAUAUGAUGAAAUAAUGUAAAGGAGGGCAUGAAAAACACUCCAGAAAGGUUUUCUUUGAAAAAAAAAUCAUCAUAAAUUUUGGCGCAAAAAAAACGCCUUACUAUACUAUGUCGAAAAAAAAUGCGAUUUUUCAAACGUGGUAAAAACAUGCCAUAUGAUGAAAUAAUGUAAAGGAGGCCGUGAAAAACACUCCAGAAAGGUUUUCUUUGAAAAAAAAACAUCAUGAAUUGUGGCGCAAAAAAAACGCCUUACUAUACUAUGUCGAAAAAAAAUGAGAUUUUUCAAACAUGUUGUGAAAACGUGCCAUAUGAUGAAAUAAUGUAAAGGAGGGCAUGAAAAACACUCCAGAAAGGUUUUCUUUGAAAAAAAAAAAUCAUAAAUUUUGGCGCAAAAAAAAACGCCUUACUAUACUAUGUCGAAAAAAAAUGUGAUUUUUCAAACAUGUGGUAAAAACAUGCCAUAUGAUGAAAUAAUGUAAAGGAGGCCGUGAAAAAUACUCCAGAAAGGUUUUCUUUGAAAAAAAAAUCAUCAUGAAUUUUGGCGCAAAAAAAACGCCUUACUAUACUAUGUCGAAAAAAAAUGCCAUUUUUCAAACAUGUUGUGAAAACGUGCCAUAUGAUGAAAUAAUGUAAAGGAGGGCAUGAAAAACACUCCAGAAAGGUUUUCUUUGAAAAAAAAUCAUCAUGAAUUUUGGCGCAAAAAAACGCCUUACUAUACUAUGUCGAAAAAAAAUGCCAUUUUUCAAACAUGUUGUAAAAACGUACCAUGUGAUGAAAUAAUGUAAAGGAGGCCGUGAAAAAUACUCCAGAAAGGUUUUCUUUGAAAAAAAAAAUCAUGAAUUUUGCCGCAAAAAAACGCCUUACUAUCCUUUCAUCUGGCACAGAGAUUAUUUUGAAAUUUUCUUUUUCCUCUUUGCACAUGUUCAUCACAGGCACUUUAAGAAAGAUGCAUCAGCCAGUAAUGUGCAUUUCAGAAAUUGUUGGCAAGCACAUUUCCAACCGUCUUCCUGUAAGUGUUCAGACUGCCAGUCUGAGAUGUGAGUUCUCAUAAAAUAAUACACCUGUGCUCCAAACAUGGCUUGUACUUUCAUAAUCAGGCCCCUCACACAUGGAAUUACAGAUUGAUUAAGAGGUUUGACGCGUCUUCUCUGUCACUCCAUCAGAUCUGAACUUUCUUAAUGGUUCUGAAUUGCAGAUAACGAGGUUUGAGCUGGUGUUUACUUCGACUGGUGCUCCGUGUUUGUUUGCUGGAUCCACUAAUUGUGUGUGUGUCUGGGGGUGUAGCUCUCUAGAAAUGUGCUGCUAGCAGGUAAUAGGGGUAAGGAGAGACGGGCUGCAAGAAAGAGACGGAUAGAAAAACAGCUCCAGCUGCACAGCCAGCAGGGAUUUCUUUCUUUUUCUUUUGCUUUCUCCUCUUCUGUUUACUCCCUCAGUGAAGUGUUGGUUAUGUCUGCCAGACUCCUGCAUGUUGCACAUACCCGUAGAACUACCACACACUCUCCGACCCACUGGAAAUGUCUCCUCUGUGCUCUGGUGUUUGUAUUAGAUGGACCCUUACAGAUGGUUUUGCCCUUCUAGUCUCACGCAUUUCCCCCGCUGCUGUUCAAAUCUUCAUGAAUUCAUUAUAAUGCUCGUGUUUUCAUGCUUAUUAUUGUCUCCUCUGUGGAGUAAGUCAUCGUGCUCCUUCAGUAUCAUCAGAGGAAAUAAUCCUGGUGUGCAUUCUAAAGGUCAGCUGACAGAAAUCAUUCCUGCCUCCCUGGUGAACAGAUAUCUGACAGCAGUCUAAUUGCAGACACAUCAGGUGACAGUUACCUCAGUCGUGAUCUGUGCAAACGUGGCUUUGUGAAAAAUACUUAUCAAAGUCGACGCAAAUCCAAGAAACUGCAUGUAAAAGUUGGACACACUGCCUGUAAUGUCACCCCUCGCUACAGUGUGCACCGAUACAUUAGUGACUUGUUGACCACAAGGUUGACUCACCCUAAAACAUACAUUACUUUAUUGUAUAUUUUAUUGUAAAUUAGGCCCUAAUUUAGAAAAUGAACAUCAAGUUGUCUUUCAGGAAGAUGUACAAUUAGUGAUUGAGACCAUAAACUUCUCAGAAAAAUGUUUACAAAUGUAAAAAAUCAAGGAAGAAGUAGGAUCAGAGUCUCAUAGACGUCUAUACUAUCUUUUUGCCCUCUGCUGGACAUUAGAAAUAAUGCAGGUUUAAAUCACUACACAUUUCACGUGAUUUUGUCGUCCACUAUCUAUGUGUUAAUGUUUUCUAAAUCACCUUCACUACAGGAAACCAGAACUUGUGGGCAGCAGCCUACCACAAUGAACAUUUCCAGCUUAUUGGAAAGUUUGAAUUGUGCAAUAAAACGGUGCUGCUAGUCAUUUUUCAGUGAUUUAUCUAUGUUGAUGACAGUGCUUGCCUCCUUGGGUGCAAAAGAGCCACCAAAACAAUUUCCACCCAUCAUUACUUUGAGUGAAAUCCGUCUGUGUAUUCUGUUCUUAGCCCCACCCAGCAGAUUGUGAUUGGUUUAAAGAAAUAGAAACACACCAGAGUCAGACCAUUCUACACUGAGCUGUGUCACUGCUGGAGAAUGGCCUGACACUAUUUCCAUGUUGGCUUCAUUUUCAGUGAAGCCAACCUCUCCAGUGUGUACCUGCCUUUCACGUAGAUAGGUGUUGAAAAAAGUACUAAGGUCUGGAGUAAAAGUAGGAAGACUGGAGUAUAAAAGCAACAAGUCUUGCAUCUAAAAUGUGUCUUAAGUAAAAGGAGAUGUAUCAUUAGCCAAAAAUGAAUUAUCAAAAGCAAAGCUUCGCAGGCAGAAGGGCUUCUUCACAUGUAACUAUCAUAUAUUUUGAUAUUAUUAGCAGCACACUUAGAAUGACCUAAGUGAACAUUUAAUCGAUUUACACAGCACAGCUCAGGUGUGCUUCACCAGUUGUUGCAUUUGAUGUCACAGUUUUACUCGAUGUCAGGGUGUUCUGUUUCUAGGGUGCACCGGCAGAGAUGUCAGUUUGUUCACGUAAAUAUCGGAGAUCUAAAUGUGGAUAUAGUCCAUGAAUCUGGCAAAUAGCUGGUGUUGCAUCAAAGUGAGGCUGGACUCUGAGUUUAAUACAGGGAUUAAUUAAUUGGCUUCUUAAAAAACAUCAAAAUUGUAACAUGAGCCACCUGAAUGCUCAGUUAGUUCUACUCUGUCAGGACAGAAAGACACAUUAGGGAAGAUGGUGGUGGUUCAUUUGCCUUCAGAACAUACUUUUAACAGCAACAUUUCAAAGCCUCUAAUUUGGAAACAAGUACACCAGGUGGCGCUGCACAGUCAAGGAAGGCAGCGCUUCAGCCAGACAGUUUCUGCCUUUUGUGGGCAAAGUCUUGACAUGUCUUUUUUUUCCUCUGUCCAUUCACCACACAGCUUUUUAUCUUUCCUCGUGGCUGGUUUCCCAUCCAGUCAGAUUUUGUAGAAAUACAGGACAGGUUUGGGUUCAUAGGGCCUCCUGUGCCUGCAUCAAAUUUACAGCUUUUCUUAAUGCACCUUAGCAUAUGCUAAACUUUACAUUUUUCUCAUUUCAUCUUUAUGUGUGUGGUUCUACACGUCUGAAAGUGUCUCAGUACAGCAAGACUUCCUGCCUUCCUCAACUAUUUGUCCUGAAAGAAUCACUUUUGUGUGAUGUUGCAAAAUUAUCUUCAAAACUGCCUCCACAGUUUGAGAUUAUAAAAUACAGAUAGUUCUACAAUAUUUCCAUGUCUGUGUUUAACUACUCCUGUAGAUCAUCAGGGCCUUUUAUACAGAGGACUGUUUGUUCUUUAGGAGUCAGACUGAUGGUUGAAGGGCAGUAUCUUUUUUUUUUCUGUGCCUCCAACUAGACGUUACAUCCUCAUGAUGAUUGUACACAAAAGGGGCCUGGUUCCCUGAAAAUAACAGCACAAAUCAAGCUGACAUCUUGACCUGUCAGUGAGCCAGCUGCAGUUUGCACCUUGGAGGGAGAAUUCAGGAUAAACUUGGUGCAAAUGCAGCUUUUUCUUUUUUUUCUGUUCUUUAGCUGUUAAUGAAAGUAUAAUACUAACAUGAAAAAACUGUUUUAUUCUUGGAGAGCGCUCGUUUGUAUCAGAACAGAAAAAUCCUAUCUGUAGUCUUGUAUAGUUUAGCUGUGGUUUGUUUGUUGUCAAGUUAACACAAACCCAAUCAGUUCAGGUUAAAAUCCAGACCUUUUUCUGUUCUUGUGUAAACAGAGCUUCCUCUCAGCUUCAGUGUGUUGCCGUUGUACCAGUAUGUAUCCCGCAUAUUACACAAGGCCAGCGGUGAGGCUGGACUUUGCAAUAGUGAAUGACUGUGUGUGUUGAUCACAAAGCUUUGCAAUACUGAAGUACUUCUGAUUUUCUGACACAUUAUACUGGCUGUAGAUAAAUCUAGAUUUGCUGUGCUUAUUGCUUUGUAAACAGCAUUUGCUUUUCAAGUUUGUGGAUUUUUUUCUGACCUGAAAUAUACUGUAGAUUUUGCAAAAUUUUCUAUCACACCGACAUUGAUAUUGUUUUACUGUGAAUAAGGUAUUUCUAGAGCAACUUUAGCAUGCCUACUUACAACUGUAAUAUAUAGAACAAACUGUUUUCAGUAGUUAAUAAUAUUGCAUUUGGACUGACACAAAACACAACAAACAUUGAUUUUAUUUAUUUUUUCAUUGUGUAUUUAUGGAUACUUUUACCUUCCAUACUUUCAUCUUAUUUUUUUGUUGAAAAAUAUAUAUAUUUCUUUUCUUUAGAGCAGAAGGAAUUGUCUUUUACAUUCCUAAAUAAAAUGUGGACUGAAGCGCAUUUUGUCCCCUUGACGGCC